AUGGGCGGCACAAAGCGCUCAUCGGCGUCCGAAGCGCACGAGGCGUCCAAACGACGCGCGCCCUACGCUCCGCGGGCUUGCGAUGCCUGUCGUCGACGAAAGGGUCGUUGCAAUGGACAGAAGCCAUGCGGAUACUGCCUGGGUCGCGUCAUGGAAUGUUGCUACUCACACAACCCGGAGGAGCGCCGAUCGAAUGCGGCACAAAAUAACCAAGAUGCCCAAGACCAAGCUCCAAAGCCAGCGGACUGGGCACCAAAUGCAAUCCAGUCACUGACCGACCUGGUCGCCACAUUGCAGGGACAGUUGAAUGCCAUCGCAGCACACACCAACGUCUUCCCCGCCGGAAAUGGGAGCCUUGACAAUCUAGAAGGGAUGGAGCCAAUUUCGCUCAAGCAGGUCCAAAGCUUUCCCGUCAGUGGCAUGUUGCCUGUCCCAACAAUCCCCCCGGCGGUCUCGAAACGUAUAUCGCAGCGAUUCUACGGGCCAACGAGCCCUGACUACAGUUUCAAAGCCGCCCAGCGACGGGUGCAACAGAUGGAGGGUAGUGACACAAGCCCAAGCGGUCAAACGGUUUCCACCCUCGAUGAUGACCAGAGCGAAGACGACGAAGAAACCAGCCCCAGCGUGACUGGCCAGAUCGCAAAUGCCCAUUUGAUGGGACACGUACGAAGCACAGCGCCGUUGCAAUUUCUGGCCCUUUUCACGAGGCACGAGGCCAUGCGCCUCAUCAAGGUAUACCACGAAGCGAUUGGCGAGCUUCAUCCCAUCUGCGACAUUGAUAAGCUCCUAGAGCAAAUGGAGUGGCUAUACAGCUGGUCAAAUGGCACACGGGAAGAGAUUGAUCCUACGGUAGACGAAGACACUAUUUUGAUUCUCAACCUUGUCUUGUCUAUUGCCUUGUGCGCCGAGGAGGCCUCGAAGUCCUUUGCGGCGGGUGCACUCUACAACAGCUAUCGCGAUCUUGUUGUUGCGAGGCAAUCAACGCCAGCUGUCAACGUUCGGCAUGUCAUCAUCGCCAUACUGGAGGGCUUCUUCCAUUUCUACAUGUGUAGCCCGCGUUUGGCUUGGCGAAUGAUUGGACUGGCUGGCCGCAUCGCCAUGGAAAUGGGGUUCCAUAGUCUGGACGUUUGCAAAAAGUAUAUCCAGACUGAUCGACAACGCGCCGAGGUGGCCAUCAUCUCCUGUACCAUAGUCAUUUUGGACCGGCAGUGGAGCGCGGCCACGGGCUUGCGACCAAACUUUCAAACCUCAGAUUUCGAGAUGGCGCAGGCAUCUUUGGUCAAUGCGCCCUAUUUGAAGGCCAUGAUGGCAUUCACACUCGUGAGCGACAAUUUCAACGAGCCCAUCGCCCGCGCCGCCCGAGGAAACAUGUAUGUGGAUGACGAUGGCCUCGAGGUAGCUGCAUUCCAGAUCAAGCAGUGGCGGAAGCGAGCUCUGGAGAAUCAUAACUUCAUCCACCCAAACGAAUGGUCCGAUUCCACCCCCAAGCCUCCAGCUUGGACACUGGUCCUUUAUCUUCGAUCUAUUGCUGUCCAAGGCAUCCUGCUCCGUUCAUUUUUCCUUGCCAACCCAGACGUAACCGACAUGAAGAAGAUCAAGAUUGGCUUGAAGCUUGUAUCAGACUCAAUUGGGGUCCUUUCCAUCCUGGAUAAGACAACGAACAUAUACAGGCUGCAGCAUCCACAUUUUCAACACUUCUUGUCGACCUCGUGCGCCCUGUUGUUCCUCAUCGUAGCAUAUACAGAACACAAGAGAGCCAUGUCGUCACCGGAAUUUCCGAACGACUAUGCGGAAACAGUCGGCUCAAAUUUCGAGGCUGCACUCAAGCUCUCGGCCGCCUACAGAAGAACAUUCCGGCAGUCGCACAAGCUUUGGAAGCGCAUAAUCGCUAUGAAAGAACCUCUGAUUCGCCUGAGCAUUCUACCUAAUGAAGCCCGACGUGAAGGAAAAGCUGAAUUCAGCGGGCCAGCAGCUGUUACUGAGGUUCCAAUAGACCAGAGGAGCCAGAGCAGCGAGAUGUCUUUGAAACCAUCUGACCCGGGAUCAUCGUCCAUUCUAGACCCAGUCAUCACAGACGAGGAUUGGGUAGAGUUCGACAUGCAGUGUGGGCCUCAACGUAGUAACUUGAUGGGUGCGUUGCCCGCUGCCAUUGCCGACAGCGACUCCACCAUGGAUGUGCUUGAUCCGCUCUUCCUGGACUGGCCCAUGUACGCGGCACCUACGCAGAGGUUCUUUUCGGAGAGCACGUUUUAA